AUGGCCUCUCGCAAGGGCAAUGAGGUCCCCACGCGGACGAAGCUUGCUCCGGAGCAGACAGUACGCAGGACCUCAAAAUCUGCACAUGCUGUCUCCAAACCGAAGCGCCGACCAGGGCGACCAUUCAAAAUGUCCAGCCAAAGCAACUCGUCGCGCUCAACGUCCGGCCGGUCUACUCCUCGCCGAGAGCCUGUGUCUCGCCCGCGGACCCCGCCUCUGUCGCUGUCUAUGCUCGAGACUCUGCCUGUCGAGGUCAUCGAGCAGAUCUUCCUGUACGCGCUGAACCUGAAUCUUCCGCGCGCAUCGCCUUCUCUGGCUGCUGCCCUCUCGGCCGAGCACAUCUACCGCGUUCUGAUCUUGCUCGCUUUCUGGGAUGACCCGCCCAGUCACCCCGGUAGCAAGGCUAUCAAUCGCAUGUUCGCGCCAUGUGAAUAUGUCCCGCUCUCGCUCGCCGACCGGCGCCAGCUACAGGAUUCCGUUUUCCGCUGUCGCUGGUGCACGGCAGACCGCGUGCGCGAGCAGAUUCCUACGGUGAUGAUCCUUACCAUCCACCGGCACUGGUUCAAUGCCGGCAUAGUCAUGGAGCCGCAGGAGAAGGCCGCCCUGGACAGGUUCAUAGCGCGCAAGGAUGACUCGGUGCGCGUGUUCCACGGCAAGGGCCCACCAUCCCAGCGCAUAAGUGAGUUCCUCAGCGCGGCAACCGGCCCGGACUUCACUGACCUCGCCCCGAACGCAAACAACACCGGCCUGCACCAGUAUGAGCUCCACAUUACGCCAAUGGUGCUGAUUGAAGUGCGCUGUAAGGAGCUGCGCUCGAUCACGACCUUCCCGGGGAUCGACCUCGUCAGCUUCCCAUCAUAUCUCCUCCGCGGCCCCAGCGGGGGCUAUUCUGACGCGGACGUCGCAUUCCUCGAGAUGCUGCGCAUAACCUCGUGCAACUACACCAGAGGCAGAGGAACCGUGAUGCCCUCCACCACCACGCAGGUCAACCGCACGCUUCUCCACCAGGGCCUGCACAAGGCCCUGCUCCAGCAGAAAUACAACGCCGUCAUCUCCCUCCUCAAGAUCGACGAGUACUGUUUCCGCUUCCAAGCCGCCAAUCAGAACCGUCCCGUCUUCUUUGGGAUUCCCUCCGAACACUUCCUCACUGUCACCCGCGUCGGCCGCGACAAACCUCACCUCAAUGCUGCCUUCUUCGAGGCCCUCCUCCGCGCCAGCGCCGAGUCUCUUCCAUUGAACUCGGAGGAAAUCACCCAGUGGACCGUCGAUAAUAUGCGCCGCGCGCAGCAGAACCCGUCUGCCUAUAACCUCAUGAAUGGCCGGUUUGCGCGCUGGCUGUCGAAUUUCCUGUUGCGGCUCCCCGACCAAAUCGACUUCAGUCACGAAGACCCCACGGCCCAACUAUUCUAUUGCGGCCAGCUGGAUCUUAUGGAUAUGGAGGGUAUCUCGUUCCUGGAUCAGGUGCUCAGACCCUCUAACCGCGACCCGCUCGUCAAUUGGUUGCCGCAGAGCUCGUUCCGGACUGAGGAUCACUGGGUCAAGAAGUAG